AUGCCUAAUGAGUCUAUCUCUAGUGGUUCAUCUCGACAACGGUGCCGUCGUUUUUUGUCCGGCAGCUGUCCUGACGGCGAAAGAUGUAGAUAUCUUCAUACUACUGAAACGCCUCCUUCUCGUCCCAGUGAAACAGGAAGACACGGGCGGAAUAGGGGUCGUCGAAACCCUAUACCACCCGCAACCCAGACGGCGAGCUCGAAUGAGCCUUUGUCGGCUUCACAACCUGUUACGCACCAGACUUUGCCGCGGGAAAUCGACGGCGCUGACAGGGCUGAACAAAGGGUACGAAUGAUAAUUGGGGAAAUACGGAAUGCUGCAGCACAGGAUACUGUUGUAGACCCACGACAACAAGUGAAGGCGGACGAACCACAGGCGCCAUCUCGUAAUGUGGCAGGGCGACGCCGAGACAGGGAGGAGGCUCGAAGGGCCAAGGAGAGAAUGGCGGCUGAGGUGGCGCGGAUACAGGCUGAGGAGUGUGCAAAGGAGGAGGCGUCGAGAAAGGAAAGGGAAGAAAGGGAGGAAGAGCGGAAAGCCGAAGAACGAGCGCGUCUCAGAAGACAACGGGCACAAGAAGAGGCUGGGCGAAAGGAAAGGGCGGAAAAAGAGGCAGCUGAGCGGCGGGCCAAUGCAGCACGAGAGGCAUCGGAGCGAGAUGCGGCAGAAGAAGCUGAGCGGCAGGCCAAUGCAGCACGAGAGGCAGCGGAGCGAGAUGCGGCAGAAGAAGCUGAGCGGCAGGCCACUGCAGCACGAGAGGCAGCGGAGCGAGAGGCGGCAGAGGAAGCUGAGCGACGGGCCAUUGCAGUGCGAGUGGCCCGAGAGGAAGCAGAGCAACGAGCCAAUGCGGCGCAGAAAGCAAAAGAAGAACGAGAGAAUGCUGAGCGGAAAGCAAGGGAAGCUGAACUGGAACAGAGGCGAGCACAUGAAGCCCAGGUGACCAUGCAACAGAUGGUUCUCGGCUCCGCUUUAGUGACUUUUGGUGCUGGACUCGACAUCCGUUCCGUUGUCACUGGAUUUGACCUAUACCGGGUCGUGGUGAAAGACCUUCCGUGUAACGCCAAUCCUCAUGAGGUGGCCGCAGUUUUCACACAACUGGGCGUCAAUCCCGAAAAUGUUUUCCUCGAGGAAACACGGCCUAGUAAUGGUAUGCACGCUGAUGCCAUUUUUUCGGUAGGGGCGGACCAGGUUCCCCUCUUUGGCUCGGACCGCACCAUCGAUUUCGAAGGUCAGCGCCUCCGGUUCGAAGUUGGCCCAAUUGCGUCUGAACAUUCGAUGGUCCUUUCGUCGCACAACACCAAUACCCUGACCGUCUACUGGCGAGUUUCAUCCACAUCGGUGAUCGCCACUUACCCCACAUUGGAAGUAGCGAAAGCUAAGGCUAAGGAACUUGAUGGCAAGAUGUUGGGCGGGCGCCGGGUAAAAGCCGUUCUGAAUACCCAGCCCCCAACAACCCCCAACUGGCGCGAAAGCGUCAAGAUCAUGAACCUUCCUUCAAAUGUGCCAAUAGCUGAAGUUGAAGCGUUCUCUGGAACGUCUUCCCUCCACGUUGUUAAUUCUCCAAUAUACAUCCUCGAAGGGUUCAUCGAGUUCCUCCGCAAGCAUCUCGAGGGUCUUCCGGGUGCCAUUCGAGGGACAUUUGCGUGUCUUUCCAGCUUAACCCUCAAUUCCACUAUCCGAGUGGAGAUUCAAUUCAACAGCUGGGGGGAAGCAAAGUUUGCUUGCGAUACUUUGGACAACCGCAGGCUACAGGAUAAUUAUCCUUACCUUCACGCCUUCCUUCCUAGGGCCCAUCGAUUUGUCAUCGACAUUCCGCGUGAACAGUAUCGGUCCCAGCAACGACAAUGGGACUCACUCGUUCAGGAGAAAGGAAAGGGAAUGGCGUGCAUUCACAUUAACGAGCGCUGCCAGUGGGAUGGCCGUGUUGUUGUCAUGGUUGAAGGGAAUGACGUGAAGGCAGUUGGCACCCUCAAAGUUCGAGUUGAACGCCUUGCUGCUGGGGAGCGUUUGGAUCCUAGCUACUGGGACCGGUCUUUUUCUACAAAUGCCGGAUUCAAGUUCCUACAGCAGGUCCACGACACGUCAGGUGCUUACGUUCUGAUCAACCGAAAGGUUCAAACGUUAAGAGUUUACGGGGACACGGAGAUGCUGGUUAAAGCUAAGGAGAUGAUUAAGGAAGAGGUUGAGAGGCUCGCCCUUGUGGAGGAGGUUAUGCCAUUGAAGGAGCGAUCUGCUCAAUAUUUCCUGACGCGUGGCCUGGGGUUGUUGCAGGAAGUUGUUGGACGUGACAACAUAUCCUUAGAUUGCGCUCCGUGGAGGUUGACGAUCAAGGGUGGAGACGAUGCUCACCAUCACCUAAAGCGGGUCAUGGAUGAAUCUCUGCUGAACCCCGGCUCCAACCCAGGCCACGCAGAUAUCUGUUCCCUCUGUUACGAUACCGUUUCUUACCCCGAAAACUUUGGCUGUGGGCAUUCGUAUUGCACAGCCUGCCUUUGGCAUUAUCUGGAAUGGGCGGCGAACACAAGGAAAUUCCCGCUCAUUUGUAUGGGCAACAAUGCCACCUGCAGGACGCCAUUAUCAAUUCCUCUCAUUCAGAAGUUCUCAACAGCGCAACGAUUCAAUCAACUUGUAGAAGUUGCUUUUCUAUCAUAUCUUGGACAACAUCCACGGGAAUUUGGAUACUGCACAACUCCGGAUUGCAAUCAGAUCUACUCGAGGGACUUGAGCAAACCUAUCCUGCAAUGUCCCACCUGUUUCUCGACGAUCUGCUCUUCCUGCCAGGGCGAAUCCCACGAGGGAAUGACAUGUUUACAACGGAUGCGUUAUAACCCCACAACUGAACAGAAGUGGUUCACCGACAAUUGGGCUUCUGCUCAUAGCAUCAAGAAAUGCCCUGCAUGUGGCAUCCGGAUCGAAAAGGCAGAAGGAUCUAGCCACUUGACGUGUAGAUGUGGUGUUCACCUUUGUUGGAAGUGCAUGGGCAUCUUUACUCCAGAGACGAUUUGUGCACACAUGCAUGGCGAACCGCCAGAGCCAGUCUUGGAGGAACCAAAGAACUCCCAGCUUUUAGCCGCGGAGAAGGCAGAGGGCGAGCAACGAGAACGUGAGCGACAGAGACAGGCAGUUCUGUUGGAACAAACGGAGAUACAACGCUUGCGUGCUGUGGAACAGGCUCAGUUUGAGGCGGAGAGUCGCCGACGACAGUAUGCAGAGUCUCAACGACUGAGAGAGGUGACGAAUAUGCUUAUCCAAGAGGCACGCCAGAGGAAAGAGGCAUGUGAAAAGGAGGAGGCGCGACAAAGGGAGGAGGCACGACAAAGGGAGGAGGCACGACAAAGGGAGGAGGCACGACAAAGGGAGGCGGCACGACAAAGGGAGGAGGCACGACAAAGAGAAGAACGGAUGAGAGAAGCUCAAGCUCUCAGUGAAAGGGAGCUUCAACGGCAACAGUUGGAGAGACAACAACGAGAACAGGAGAUACAACGCUUGCAGGCUGCGGAACAGGCUGAGGCUGAGGCUCAACGGCAGAGGGAAGAGAUGAAUAUGCGUAUCCAAGAGGCACGGCGCCGGAGGGAGGAAGCACGUCAAAAAGAAGAGGUACGCCAAAGGGAGGAAGCAAGCCAAAGAGAAGCACGCAUGAGGGAAGCUCGAGCUGCGAGAGAAAGGGAACUUCGACGCCAACAAUUAGAGGGGCAACAACGAGAACGGGAGAUACAACGCUUGCAGGCUUUGGCACGAGCUCAGGCUGAGGAAGCGGAGGCUCGACGACAGAGGGAACAGGUGCGCCAAAGAGGAGAAUGGAUAAGAGAAGCGAGAGAAUGGGAAUUUCACCGCUUACAAUGGCAGCUUCAGGAACAGGAGGAGGCGGAGAGGGCAUCGGAGAAUGGUGCAAGCUGGAGCUUUACUGUUUGGUUUUUUGUGAUCACUGUUGGCAUCUUCGCGAUGAAGAGCUUAUUUAAUUCUUAA